AUGCAGGAGAUUAUCGAGCAAUUAAAAAGCGACUUAAAUGACAAGGAACAGGAACUACUGUUAAAUGAUGUCGAUAUAACCAAUUUGCCUGAAGCUAACGGUGAGAAUCCAAUACAUACUGCGUUGUUAGUGGCUUCAAAACUUGGUUUAAAUAUAGAAGAGCGUGACAUCGUUAGCGCUGAGCGUGUUGGAGCACGGCGCAUAAGCGCCGCCGACCCGGUCACGACGCCUGGUCUGCUGCCCAUCCGUCCGCGGAGGCUUGUCGUGCGGCUGGCUCGUCGCGAUCUGCGGGACCGGAUGCUAGCGAGCGCGCGGUCCCGACGCGGUGCCACCUCCGCUGAUCUUGACUUGCCCGGCCCACCUAUGCGGUUUUACGUCAACGAACGGCUAACCAAACAGAAUGGGCAGUUGUUUCGUCAGGCACGCGAGAUCGGUAACCGGCUUGGCUGGAAAUACAUCUGGACGAGGCGGGGACGUAUUUUGGCCAGACAAAAACCAGGCGACUCCGUUUGUCUUAUUCGCAGUGAAGUGGACUUGCGACAGAUUUUUGAAACUCCCACAAAAUCAUGUAAAUAG